GAGAAGUAAAGAUGGCGGAGAAUAGCGGCACGGACCCGGCCGUGGAGACGAGCGCUGAGGAAAAUGCCUCCGCUAGCGCGACUAUCAUCAAAGUUACCGUCAAAACACCCAAGGACAAAGAAGAAAUAGCCAUUCCCGAAGAUUCAUCCGUCGCACAGUUUAAAGAAGAAAUAUCCAAAAGAUUCAAGGCAAAGCAGGACCAGUUGGUUCUGAUUUUUGCUGGCAAGAUCCUGAAAGAUGGAGACACGCUCGGUCAGCAUGGCAUUAAAGACGGACUCACAGUUCAUCUGGUCAUCAAAACCGCACAAAAGACUUCAGGUGGCGAUAGUCCACAGUCUUCUGCCUCUUCUGUCCCUGGACCAUCGCAGGGCAACGAUGCCGGGACCGCUACCCCCAGCCCGACUGGCAACCUGGGCACAACCCAGGGCAGUGGGCAGACCCCAUCCCCGUCACAGCCAGCUAAUUUACUAGCUGGUUUUGGUGACCUGUCAGGCCUGUCUAAUCUCGGUAUGGGCUCUGCCAACUUCAUGGAGCUCCAGCAACAGAUGCAGCGGCAGCUCAUGUCCAACCCAGAGAUGCUCUCUCAGAUCAUGGAGAACCCGCUUGUGCAGAGCAUGAUGUCCAACCCUGACCUUAUGAGGCAGAUGAUAGUGGCCAAUCCCCAGAUGCAGCAACUAAUGGAGCGCAACCCAGAGAUUUCACACAUGCUCAACAACCCAGAGCUCAUGAGACAGACAAUGGAGUUGGCAAGGAACCCAGCCAUGAUGCAAGAGAUGAUGCGUAACCAGGACCGGGCGCUUAGCAACCUAGAGAGUAUUCCCGGGGGGUACAAUGCACUCCGGAGGAUGUACACAGACAUUCAGGAGCCCAUGUUUAGUGCUGCACGUGAACAGUUCGGAAAUAACCCCUUUUCGGCAUUGGGUGGUAAUGCUGAUGGCUCGGGAAUACAGCCCUCCAGGACAGAAAACAGAGAGCCCUUGCCAAAUCCCUGGAGCCCCCCAGACACAGCCACCUCUGGGACUGCUACCACCACAAGCUCCACCACAAGCUCAACCACACCCAGUGUGUCCAACCCACUGGGCAUUGCCUCCUCUAACCUUGGCAAUGGUAUGUUUAACAGUCCCGGCAUGCAAAGCCUCAUGCAGCAGAUCUCGGAGAAUCCACAGCUUAUGCAGAACAUGCUUUCUGCUCCCUACAUGCGCACCAUGAUGCAAUCCCUGGCUCAGAAUCCUGAUGUUGCCUCACAGGUGAUGAUGAACAACCCGCUCUUUGCUGGAAAUCCACAGCUACAGGAGCAAAUGAGACAGCAGUUACCAGUGUUUCUACAGCAGAUGCAGAACCCAGAAUCCCUCUCUGUAAUGACAAAUCCUCGAGCCAUGCAAGCCCUAAUGCAGAUACAGGAAGGACUGCAGACACUUCAAACUGAAGCCCCUGGUCUUAUGCCCAGUCUGGUUCCUGGUGCCAUCCCUGGUGCCAUCCCUGGUGCCAUCCCUGGUGCCCCACUGCCAACAGGGGUAAAUGUGACCCCUGAGAAUGUUCCACCCUCCGGCCAGGGCUCCACCCCCACAGCUGGUACUAAUCCUGCCCAGCAGCAGCUCAUGCAACAGAUGCUACAGAUGUUUGCUGGAGGAAGUGCAUCGACUCAGACUCCAGAGGUUCGUUUCCAGCAGCAGCUGGAGCAGCUGAGUGCCAUGGGCUUCAUAAACAGGGAAGCCAACCUUCAGGCCCUCAUCGCCACCGGGGGUGACAUCAAUGCCGCCAUCGAAAGACUGCUCGGCUCUCAGCCUUCCUAAUUCCACCAGCUGAGAGCGUGCAAAGGAAGACAUGAAAUGAACAUAGUCCAUCAUCACAUAAAAUCUGACAAGCCCACAUAGACAGAAUUCCAAUUAUUUCUCAAAUUUUUUUAAAUUUUUUUUUUUUUUAUCUUUGAAUCAAGAGCAAAGGGGUUCCAAAUUUGUUUCCUUGAACAAAAAACAAAACCAGAAUCGCUGUGGAAUGACAUCACACUAACCCACUCAUCACUAGUAAGAUGGGACAAAGCUUACACUUGCUGAACAAGUUUAGGUUACCAUUCCUUAUAAUUAAAACAUACUCGCAUGAGACACUGCACAAUAAUUAGGGGAAUAAAAAAACAUAUGCUUGAAUUCCUAAGCCAAAGGAAUUCUUGUCUGUUGUGAGAAUGCUUGGUUUCCUUCAUUUCUUUCUGUUUCUCCUAAAUCAUGCCUGAUCAAACCAGUAUUUAUUGCAGAAAUGUAGAGCUUAGUCUUUACUCCCUUUAAGCUUCCUCGGUUCACGUUGAUUUGAGUUCCUUGACAUUUGAUGUGUUAUUUGAAACCUAAUAGACAUGAACAUGUCAGAGCACUAUAACACCUUGACUCUGAUCGCUUACAUUUAAGCUAUUUUAGAAAGGUAUGAGUUUUGGAAGUGAGAUUCAAGAUAUUCCGUCAUCUCGUUAGUCGUUUGCCUUUGUGGGGAGUGUAAAUGAAGCAACGGUAAAGGCUUGUUAUAUUGGUAAGGUUGUAACAAAGCUUCAAUAAAAUUAUUUCUCAGCUUAACGAGCAAUGGCGAACACAGGCAACAUUUUGUCUUUACCAUAUCUUUUUGCUUUGACAUUGAAGUAAUCUAGUGCCUGGAGAAGACGUGUAUUGUAUACUGGUUACAUCAUUCUCAAGUUGAUCUGGCAGUGAACCUGGUUACGGCAUGAUAGUGAUGCUAGCUUAUCUCAGUGCUAAUCAACAGCCAUCUAAUGGAACUAACAGCUGAGUUUUGAUGUGAAUUAAAAAUGUGUUCAACUUGUUUUGCUGUACGUCCAUAAUCUAUAUAUAUAAAAACAAAGUCUAAAUGAAUUACAUGGUAAACACCUGAAAUUAUUGGGAUUUGUUGUUUCUUAAAGCCAACAGCAAGUUAAAGUAUCAUUGAGGGUUGUGGUUAUCAUGGGUGAGUCAGAUGCUGCUUACUGAAAAUAUGACCACAACACAAGUAAUAUUAGUGUGGAAUUCACAGACCAAACUCCAGGAAGUCAUAUUUAUAAAUGAUAUAAUUAUUUUUAAGCCUGGAAAAGUCAUGGAAAUUUCUAUAGUGAAUUCAAAUAGGCCCACUUCAAGUAAUGUUCAACUCCAACAUAUUUCGUCAGCUAGAAUUUGCUUCACUAUGCAAUCUAUCAAUUACAUAGAAAUGACAUGGAAUCAUGUCUUUUUUUGUAUUUAUGUACAUUAAAUGCCAUUUACAUAUUUUGAACAGACAUGGGAACGAUAAGAAACUAAAGCAGAAUCUAAGCUACUUGAAUACUUGGUCAACACAAACAAAAACUGAUAAGUACUAUAUGCUGUUACAGACUAAGGCUGGGCGAUACAGCUAAAGCUUUAAUCUUUAUAUAUUUUAGGCUUUUGAAGAUUUUCUAAAUAGUCUUGUCUAAAUAUAGACCUUUGUGCUUAAAGGAAUAUUCUAGGUUCAGUAAAUGAUAAUAUCAAUCUACAGCAUUUGCAGGGUUGGGAGCGUUAGUUUUGAAAUGUAUUCCAUUACAGAAUACAUGCUGUAAUUUGUAACGUAGUCUGUUAUAUUACUCAAGUUCAGUAACUUAUUCUAAAUACUUUGGAUUACUUCUUCAGCACUGGUAGAUUUUUCCACUUGUUUUGAUAAAAAAUAUAUAAAAACUCUGCCAGUACAGCAAGACGAAUUACACAUUUUAAAAAUGCAUUCUCUGAAAAACCUAAAUAUCUUAUGCAGUAUAGUUUCUAAAACAAGAUUAAUCAAAUUGAUCUUGUUUUAAUGAUUUUUAGAUAUUUUUACAGGAAACAAUACAAAAAUUAUAAUCAUUAAUACGAAUUUGGCCAAAUAUCAAAGGUCUUACUAGAAAAAAUUAAUGAUGAUCCAACGUGAAUUUUCUUGAUAAAAAAAUAUGAUCAUGUCUGGUAACGUGCAUGUAAAAUGGCUAGAAAUAGCAUUGUAGCUUAGCAUAAAGCUGACAAUAUACACAAGGUUUAUU